AUGAGCGGUACCAUGUAUUUUGGAGGCGUUGAAGGGGGAGCGACACACUCGAACCUGGUCAUCUGUGAUCAGAACGGUGAAGUGCUCGGUCAGGCCAAAGGACCAGGGACUAACCACUGGGUUCUGGGCAUAGAAAAAUGCGCGCAAAGGAUAAUAUCCAUGCUCCACGCGGCGAAAGAAAACGCCGGAAUACCGCUUGAUGUACCGUUGGAUUCCCUGGGCUUGACGCUGUCCGGGUGCGAGCAGGAGAGCAGCAACGCGGAGCUAGCCGCCCGCGUGCUAGAGAAGGACAGCCAUAGCUCCCGCGCUAUCUACGUCGGAUCAGACACGGCCGGGUCGUUGUUCACCGGUGCGCCGAACGGAGGAAUGGUUUUAAUUGCUGGAACGGGCUCCAAUGCAUUACUUCGGACUCCGGAUGGCAAGCAACACGGCUGCGGAGGCUGGGGCUACCUUUUAGGAGAUGAAGGUGGAGCUUAUUGGAUCGCUCAUCGGGCGGUGAAGUACGUGUUUGAUGAUGUGGAUGGCUUGCGUGCCUCCCCCCAUCCUACGGAAAGAGUGUGGGAGGCCAUCCGGGAGCAUUUCAACGCGGACUCCAGAGCCGAUUUGUUGCCACACGCCUACAAGCAUUUCGACAAGUCACAUUUUGCUGGUCUGGCGGCGAAGCUGUCGGGGCUGGCGGCGCGCGGCGACGCGCUGAGCGCGCACGUGCUGGGCGAGGCGGGCGCCGCGCUGGCCGCGCACGUGGCCGCGCUGUGUGCGCGCGCCGCGCCCGCCCCGCGCGCCCCGCACGCCCCGCGCGCCCUGCGCGUCGUGUGCGUGGGCUCCGUCUGGAACAGCUGGCACACGCUGCGCCCCGGCCUGCUGCGCCAGCUCGUCGACAGACAGGUGAAAACAGAACUAGAAUUAGUUCGGUUACGUGUAUCUAGUGCGAUGGGAGCGGCAUGGCUAGCCGCUAAACACGUAGGCUAUGAUUUGCCACGAGAUGACUCCGCGUUCUGCGAAGUGUUCUACACUUACCGACCCAAUGAGUUGGUAAACGGCGACAACGGUAAAAUAAAUGGUAAAUGCACCGAGAAUGGUUUCCAGGGCUGCGGCUGUGAGGAUUGGUGUAACUGGAGCUAG